CCACAUCGAAGGUAUUGAAGAAUGAAGAAACUUGGACUGUGAAUUGUCCAAACGACAAGCCCUGAUGUAGGUUUUGGCUAGAUAAAGUUGUGGUGGUUUGGAAGCAAGAAGAAUUCAAGAUGCAACGUGUUUCAUACAUCUUAUGGCUCCUGCCAAUCCUAUUGAGCAGUUUUCAGUGGACAGCACUCUCAGAGAAAACUGAAGUAUUGCAAAAAAAGGAAAUUAUCAGAAGAAAUCGUCCAAAUUAUGAAAACGUAAACUUCCUAGCAAAGCGGAGCCCGCAAAUUUAAGGUGUCAUAAACUCCGGGAACAGUGUCAUAAACUCCAGGAACAGUAAUGCGGGUGUACCUGGUCUGAGCGCCCAAAACCAACUGAAUACAGGUCAGCCUGUUGGACAAACUCUGACGCCUUUCCAACAAGCUACAACAGUUUCUGCUGCAGCUUUAACGGUUCCUGCAGUUCCUGUUGCAGCUACAAUGGUUGCUGCUGCUCAACCUGCAGGACAGGUGGCUGGCACUCAAACGCAACCUGGAGGUCAGCCAGUUAACACAAUCCAGCGAACCACGGCACAGGCGUCAACUCUUUCAGGACAGCCUGCUGUUUCCACCCCUCCUGUUGCUAAUUCUCCUCAAGGGAAGCCUAAUACCAGCGCUACCUCUACAAAUGACAUCCAGGAUUCUAACGACGACCUUGAUUUAGACGAUGCUGCCGAUGACGAUACCUAUGACGAGGGCGAGGAUGAACUAAAUAGCGAUGACCUAGAUUCAGAACCUGUGGCUCCUUGUAUGCCGCCCCGGCGCCGGCGUAGACAUCGAUGUCGUCACCCUUAUCAUCGAAGGGGUCGAAGACUACAUAGGCCAGCGCCACCAGAGUGCCACGAUUAUGAAAGACCCCGAAAACAAAAUGAUUGGGUAGACUUUAGAGGGGAUCCAGGGUAUUUUGAUCAGGAAAACCAAGGAGGAAAUACAGGUGGAACUGGGGGACAGGGAGGAAUUGGUGGUCAGGGAGGAAUUGAUGGUCAGGGAGGAAAUAACGGACAGGGAGGAACUAACGGACAGGGAGGAACUAACGGACAAGGUGGAAUUGGAGGACAGGGUGGAAUUGGUGGCCAAGGGGGCACAGGGGGUGGUACGGGAGGAACAGGCGGAAUGGGAGGUGGGGGUGGUGGUGGUGAAGGCGGAGGCAGGGCAGAAGGAACUGACUGCUGUUGUGUCAAAUGGGGAGGGCUCAAACCACAUAUAGAGUGGGUAAAUGUCCCCGUUUGUUACCACCCAAGUUGCAUCUGCCAACCUCACUGUGAGCACUGCUAUGACCUGGACUGUCACCAUUGCUGCUGUGAACCAUGCUGUGGCGACUGCUGCGGCCAUCACUGUCACCACUGUUGCCACCACUGUCCUUGCUGCCACUGCUGUCACCACUGCUGCCACUGCUGCCACUGUAGGCGAGGAGUGGUGACAAACAAACCACCACUAGCUCCUAAAAGGAAAUUAAGGAAACAUGAUAAGUUCAGGAAAACUUCGAAGAAAAAGAGGUGCCGCAAAAGGAAUUAUUUCUGUGUAACACCGCUUGCCUUGCGCAUGCCCUUCUUCCCGAGACUGUGGUAAUUGUAAAAUAAUUAGUGCCAAAGAGUGCUGCAAGGAGAUAUUUCCUUGGAUUAGGUCAACAAACGCAUGGCUAUCUACAAAAAGAAUGUGUGCUGAUGAAAACGAAAGGAGGCUGGAGUAAUGCGGAAAGAUAUUUCAAACUAUAAAGUGUAUAUGAAACUGACAGUAUUUCUAACACAUUCAACGGACGGUUCUAUGUAAAAAAAUAUGUAUUUAGCUCA